AUGGCCAAACUAGAGAUUAUAAAACCAAGUGAACUGUAUAACAUUUUGAAUCAGAAAUUUACUCACGCUUUCAUAAGUGAUCCAUGUUAUUGUGUCCUGUUUGACUCACGAAGUGCCGAAGACUAUAAUAAGUCACAUAUUAUAACAGCUAAAAAUUUGAAAAGAUUGAAUGUUUGUUCUUUCAGAAUUCCUUAUGAGGCAGAACUUGAAUGCAGAUGGAAUGUCAUUGUUUAUGAUGGGAAUACAUCAUCAUUAGAAUCUGAAGGGGAUGCAGUUAGAUCUGGAAAGCUUUUGUAUGAUAACGGGAGCCGCCACCUAGUUAAAAUACUUGAAGGAGGAUUUGAGACAUUUACUCGUUUAUAUCCAUACAUGAGAAGUGAUAAGAUAAUGUACUUACCACGAGAGCUUGAAUCGUUUUCUACUUACCCUUUGGAAGUUUUGCCAAAUGUUUUAUACAUUGGUACAAUUCAACAUGCUGGUGAUCGUAAACUUCAUAGACAAAUGAAUAUUGUAGCGCAUAUAAAUUGUGCAUUAGAUGAUGAUGAUCCUAUAUACCAAAAUUGUAAAGACUCUAUGUUGAAUAUUCAACCAUCUGAAAAUUGUGAAUUGUUAUCAUUUUUGGACGGCGCUUGUGAUUUUAUUCAAGAAAAACGAUUAAGAGGACAACGUGUUUUAAUUAUUUCAAAAUGUAUGUUUAAUCAGUCCGUAGUGAUUGCAAUUGCCUAUCUCAUUAAAUAUGAAUUAAUGAGUUUAAAAGAUGCAUGGAUGUAUUUACGAAAGAUAUGUAUACCUAUGCAACCAAGUUGGAAUUUUAUGAUACAAUUAGCUGAAUUUGAAUAUAAAUUACAACGUACUGAUAAAGUGAUUCCAUUAACAGAAGAUGAAUACUAUGAAAGAUGA